AUGGCUGCAGUCCCCGUGCUUUUCAGGGAUUCGAAAGGAUAUGUGUUCAUCAGCCUUUGGCAAGUUGGAAGCAAUGUCCAUAUCAAAAUUUUCGGUGGUUACCUGUCAUUCUACGACCUUCCUAGGUUGGCUACUUCUCGCGGUAUUUUCUCCAUCCGACUGCUGCAUCUCAUGCCUACGCGUGAUGUGGGAAAUGGCGACCUCUUGAUCUGCCGUCUGGUGGAAACGGAGAUUCCCGAUGUCAACCCUGAAGAAGGCGGGCCUACGGAGCCGAAUCCCAGGAGCGUCAAGUAUCAGGCCCUCUCAUAUACGUGGGGAUCACCGGUAUACUCACAUUUACUCUAUGUUGUAGGCGACGACAGACUGAACGACAGCAAUGCGCACCUGAUACCGAAGCCCUCUAGUAGCAUUAUUCGCAUCACCGAGAACCUAUAUGCUGCACUACGCAAUCUGAGAAAGCCAGACGAGACACUUGUUCUAUGGGUUGACGCUGUUUGUAUCGAUCAAGAGAACAUCACAGAGCGUAAUAGCCAGGUCGCCCAUUUCCCAGAGACAUAUGCCGGAGCCCAGAGUGUUCUUGUCUGGCUGGGGCCUGAUGAUGUCUUGAGCCAUGGAAGGCUGUGUCUCGAUUUCUUCGCCGAUCUGGCUACUCUGAUCUCCGAUGAUCCGCAAAGUGAGGACGACAACAGUCAUCGGUCUUGGAGAAAGAGGUUCAAGAUAAACCAGAUAGUUUCUGCCUUUCUAGGGGGCAAUGGCACUCACCCUCGACCUAUCGAGUCUCUGCUUGAGAGGUCCUGGUUCAAGCGAAGUUGGAUCAUACAAGAAGUGGUACUGGCCAAGGAUGUAUGGGUGCAUUAUGGAACGGCAAGCAUACAUUGGAAUGCCUUCGAGUCGGCCUUUGUCGAAUUAUCUGAUCACGACGAGGGCGGCUUCAGCGAGAAACACCGCACUAUUCUGCGGACAAUGUCGCGGAUUCGGAACGCGAAUGCGAGGGGAAAGCGACAAGCGCCUCUCGAUACUCUUGUCGAGUUCGACAGUUUCGAAUGCUCCAACCCACGAGACCGCUUAUAUGCCUUGUAUGGAGUGAUGCAACAUUGGUUUCCAGACUCUGCCGGCAUGCAGCUCCUCGUCGACAACAUUGACUAUGGCCUUCCUCUCCGCGAUGUUUUUACGGACUUUGCGAUUCUCAUGAUGGGGAUAGGAAACGACUUUCCCCGCGAUACCAACUACAACUCCACAACUCACGUACUGCAGCUUGCUUCAGCCAUGCGACCUGCGCGGCGCGAGAACACGCUCAGCCAGACCAUUCCAUCCUGGGUACCAGACUGGAGGGGUACAAUGUACAACAAGCCUCUACACCACUCCCCAAGGAACAAAGACGCUUCGUGGGGGAUACCAAAUCAUCAAUUCAAAGUAUUGACCCUCGAAGACAACAGACGUGCUCUGGUCACCGUUGGUCUUAUCCAAGACGUCGUCACCGCGGUCAUUCCGCUGGACAUCAAAAGGCUGUUGGGAGCUGUUCAACAGGCCAAGCAUGCGCUGAAUGACUUUCUAUGCUCAGUUGCAACGAGCUUUGACGAGACUGCCUUUUCCCCUUGCAACUCGGCCGACACUUAUAUGCCUACCGGGCAGCACAUCAUCAGCGCCAUUGCUGUGACUUUGGUGGCCGACUGGGAACAUACUCCUCCAAACUCUUACUUUGCUCAAGACGCCCGCUAUCCGCAGCAAUUUUUGGAGCAGCUGCGUUCUUCGAGGCAUCACCUGCCCGAGAUAUUGCACAAGUGGCCUGCAUACGCCGAGCUGAUUACCAUCACGAUGCGCGGGCGCAGCCUCAUGCUCACAGAGUCGGGUUACAUCGGUAUCUGCGAUGACAAUGUUCGGACAGGCGACUUCGUCGGCAUCCUGAGUGAUACACGCCUUCCAUUCAUUAUCAGAGAAAAAACCUUUGCUUCCUCGCCUGUGAUGAAAAAAACCUGUUCUCUACCAAACGGACACGGGGUUUUCGAACUACUUGGAGACGCAUACGUUCACGCACUGAUGAAUGGGGAGGCAGCAGAGCUUCUAGGAAGCCAG